AGUUUACAACGUUAUCGCUAGUUUUGGCCUUGCGAAUGAACAUGACACGAAAUUAUUAUUGCGAUUACUGUGACAGGUCCUUCACCGACACACCCGCAUCUCGAGAAAAGCAUCUAAAGGGAACACAACAUCAAAGAAUGGUCAAGAUUCAUUAUGCUGCGUAUGGGACAUUUGGAGUUAGCGUUGGUGAAAUUGGAGAGUGGAUACCUUACGUACAGCCAACAAGGGCUUUUUGUAAACUUCCGGCGGGGUUUCCUUCUUUGGAUAAGGUGCCGCCUAGCUUGCGUCCUCCCCCGCCAGAAGGAUGGAAGAACUUGGAUCCACCUGUAGAGUGGGGUUGAGCAGUGCAAAGCCAUAUUCUAGAUUUUCUCUAUCACUCCUUUUAUGAACACACACAUGUAAAUAUCCAACCAUUUGCAAUUCCUAAAAUGCAUUUAUAUUUCAAAAAAUCCUAGCAUAA